UUGUCACUUAACGAGCCGCAAGUAUUACAUGGCAGGUCUCACCCAUAAUUAAAACUUUUCGCACAUAGGUAAUGCUGGGAGUAGUUUGGGCAUUGAAAGCUGCUGAAAUACUUUAACAACACUCUGCCAAACAAGAAGAUAAAGUAUGUGGUUAUAAUGGCUGUCUGUGCUUGUGUGUUUUUCCCAGUGUUAAAGUCAAACUCAGAUCCAAGUCUUCUUCUCUCUUCUCUCUUCUCCAGCAAGAAAGAGAAAGGGGUCAAUUUGGGGCUUAAAACCAGAAGACUACACACGAGUAGGAGGACUAAAGCUGUAGUAAUGCUUUCAGAAAAUCCAGUGAUGGGAGAUUUAAUGGCCACUGCAUUGUCCGGUGGUAUUGCCCUUUCCAUUCUUCGAUUGUGGGAAGAAACAGCUAAGAGAGAGGUUUUCGAUCAGAAAACGAAUAGAAAGCUUGUUCAUAUUAGCAUUGGGCUGGUCUUCAUGUUCUGCUGGCCAAUGUUCAGCUCUGGUCACCAGGGAGCAAUUCUAGCAGCUCUUAUUCCUGGUCUCAACAUAAUAAAAAUGCUUCUUUUGGGACUAGGAAUAUGGAAAGAUGAUGCAACUGUCAAGUCUAUGAGCCGAUUUGGAGACCACAGGGAGCUUCUCAAGGGACCAUUGUACUAUGCCCUUACAAUCACUUAUGCUUGUGCUGUAUAUUGGAGAUAUUCUCCUAUUUCAAUUGGACUAAUUUGCAACCUUUGUGCUGGUGAUGGUAUAGCUGACAUUGUUGGCAGGAGGUUUGGAAAACAGAAACUCCCAUACAAUAAAAACAAAUCAUUUGCUGGUAGUCUUGCAAUGGCAACUGUUGGUUUCUUAGCAUCCAUUGGAUACUUGCACUAUUUCUCCUUGUUUGGGUAUAUUCAGGUGAGCUCCAGGACGGUUUUAGGGUUCUUGUUUGUGUCGCUUGCUGCAGCACUGGUUGAAUCCCAUCCUCUAAGCACUGAACUCGAUGACAACUUGACGGUUCCCUUAACCUCAGUGCUGGUAGGUAGUCUUGUUAUGUGAUAUCAGAUUGUAGCCUGAGAUGGAUGGACUGUAUGAACUUAGAAAUGCUAACUGAAAAUGGUUAUUGUGUUAGUCUACCCAGGAUUGUGUAUCAGUAUGGAGAAUGUAUAAGCCUCUGCAUUACCCAAAACUUGAUACUUUUUGUUGUACUAUUAAAUACUACAGUGAAAUGUAUUCUAAGUGUUUGUUCCUGAAA